AUUGAAACCCUCCACUGCCGCAGAUCACAAUGCAAAACAGAGAUGUCCCUGUAGCUGAUUGUACUCUUGUUCCUGGUGCCCAAUGGAGCUAUCUCACAGGUGGCAUGUCAGCAGGGGUGAUGGGCAUCCAGCGGAGCUGCAGGCAGAAGCUCAGGUAUUGGUGCCAGGAGAGAGUAGUUGGCCAAGACUGGAAAACCAUGGUGGCAACAGGCCUGAGAACCAGGUGAUAGAAAGUUGCCCUCCAGCACCUUGGGACCAUUAUACGCAGGCCUCACUCAGCAUUGAUGUCACGCAGCACCAAGUGGCUACCGAAGACAGGCCGCCUGAGAUCUACAGCAUUGCUCUGUGGGGUCCCAAGCUGCAUUCUGCACUGACUAGACACAGGGGAGGAAGGUCGAAUGCACAAGCCUCUGCUCCAAACUCUAAGCACCUGGGCCCAGCAGGAGAAGGAGAUGCCACUGAUGAGGGAUCCCUGGUGCUGAUUGAUGCAGAAGGGGUGCCUCACACUGUGUCACGAGAGGAAGUGGAGCUGGCUGGACAAAUGCAGUCUUCGGGGCCUGAGUUGCUGGCUUCCGCUCCACCACCACGACAGCUGUAUUUCUGCCCCAUUUGCCUGCGGACAUUCCUCUACCAGUCUGACCUGGAGCGCCACAGCAUCACCCACUCGGAGAGCAAGCCGUACAUAUGCCGUGAGUGUGGAAAGGCCUUCAAGCGUUCCUCCCACCUUCAGCGGCACAAGCACAUCCACACCGGUGAGCGGCCCUUCAGCUGCCCCGUCUGCUGCAAGGGUUUCCGGGAAUCUGGUGAAUUGUUGCGUCACCAGCGGGUCCAUACUGGGGAGAAGCCCUAUCAAUGCCAGAUCUGUCGACUGCGCUUUACAGAACGGAAUACCCUCCGCCGGCAUGCCAAGCGCAAACAUGCCCGUGAGACCUACUAUCAGCGCUCUGUGGAGGAAGGAGGGGGCAGUUGGACUACGGAGGGGGAUUGGGAAUCAGAAGUGGUAGUGGGAAGUGGGGACUGGGCCACAGAGGAGCUUGGGAGCGGCUGGAGCAGUGAACCAGUGGAAGACUGGGUUGAGGGUGGGAAUCAUUGGAGGGAAGCUUCAGAAAGGCAGGUGGGAAGCCUGCCUGGAGCCAUGACACAGAUAUUACAGAUGGAGCACAUCAAAGAUAAAGACAAACCUGAGAUUCAACCCCCGUAAACAUGCAGAAGUAGGGGAGACAGACCAGGAUAGUGAAGGAUAUGCAAAUAAGUUUGUUCUGCAGUUAUCUGUUGGAUUGAAACAUUUUCUCUGUAAGAAGGACAUGAA